UCGGUGGGGCGAGGGCGGAGCUCGCGCUCAGUCCGCGCGCAGCCACGCGCCGCAACGCACCUCUGACAUGUGACGCCAUGGAGGAAUGCGACCUCACACAGUACCGCGACAUGAUCAUCGAGGGCGACCUGCCGCUCGACCUGCGGCCGCCGCCGCGGCUCUACCUUCCGCACUACCUGCGCGAUGACCGCGAGGAGUACCCGCAGGAUGACACCUACGUCUCCGUGGACGAGGACACCCCGGACAUGCCGCCGCCGUCCAGCGACUCCGACCGCUACGACGCCUCCAGCCCCGGCGACACCAAACCCUCGUCGCCCAAGAAGUCCAAACAGAAAUCCUCCACCCAGCUCAUCAAGCCUCCGUACUCCUACAUCGCGUUAAUAACGAUGGCAAUCCUCCAGUCUCCACACAAGAAAUUAACCCUCAGCGGGAUUUGUGAGUUCAUCAUGACUAGAUUCCCGUAUUAUCGUGAAAAGUUCCCCGCUUGGCAGAAUUCUAUAAGACACAAUUUGAGUCUGAACGACUGUUUUAUAAAAAUUCCUCGGGAGCCGGGGAAUCCGGGGAAGGGGAAUUACUGGACGUUGGAUCCUCUGGCGGAGGAUAUGUUUGAUAAUGGGAGUUUUUUGAGGCGACGGAAGCGUUAUAAGCGGCCGGCGCCGUCGCUGCAGCACGCGCACGCCAUGGUGGCGAUGCUGGCGAGGGAAGCUUACGCUCCGCUGUUGCCGCUGCCUUGUUACCUGCCUCCGACGCCGCUGCUGUCGCUGCCGCGGCCGCCGCCGGCGGCGCUGCGGCCCGUGCCGCUGCCUCCGCGAGUCUCGGAGACCACCGAGCCGAGGUCCAAGAGAUCCCGCAACGGCUUCUCCAUUGAGUCCAUAAUAGGCUCGCAGGAGGACUCGGAGCCGCGGCGGAGUGCCUUCAGCCCGCUGUACCAGGGCACCGGCCCGCCCGACGACUGGAGAUGAGCCUUCUUCGGCGACCCGUGCUAGACGUCGGUUCAAGUGACUUGAGACUGUGUUCUUAGUGGUGUUUGUACAUUAUCUGUAAAAACGGGUAUGUUUUGUGUGCGGAUUAGAAAUGCUACUGCUAUUAGAUUCUUAUUGGUUCUUGUGUUGAGUAAAACCAGUAACAAAAGUAGACCGUCCACUAAAAUUGAGCUCUUAAUAAGUUAAAAUCUGUAAUAGCUUAGACGGUAUAUUAUUUCUGAAGCCGUCGGAUAAUAAUUACUGCUAUUAUUUUCUAACUCGUCCGUGUCAAGCAAAUAAUAAUUAAUAAUCAGAGAUUUAAUAACAACUACCAAUAAUGUAAGUAAGACUAAGAAUUAACCAAAUAUUAAUUUAGUUUCGUUGUGUUGUGAUUAAUUUGCCAAACUAAAACUUGUUCAACUCCUACACUACAGGUGCCUAUUUUUGUUAAUAUUAGUUUAUUUAUAUAAAUAAGUUAAUAAAAUCUAGUCAUUCUAUGUACAAAGUAGUUUCGUAACGUCUUUCCUAUGUAAAUAUUUUUAACUUAACUUUAUAAGUAGGUACGCAAUACUUAGUGUAGAAUCUACACGUAGUAGUCAAUUACCUACUUUAUCUACUAGUACACUGUAGACAACGUAGGUAAAUGCCUACUUUUCUGGUGAAUCGCCGAACCACUUGUAUUUAUGAUAAUUCAUAACUGUAGUAUAUUUUGUGUAACUAAUUCGUUUCUAAGUUAUGAAAUAUAAAUAAUAUGA